GAAAAAGUCUCCCCGUGAUUCACCCCGACAGUCUGUGUCUCACAGCAGAAUCAGUAAGCACCGGUCGUGGUGGGAAGAGAAAGUAGAUUAUUUAGCCAUAAUAACGGAGAGAAAAAAUCUCAUCGGCGAAGGAAGGGAAGAAACCUGGAACGAGAAAGCAAGAGCUCAUCUUUCCAAAUAAAUAUCAAGAUAAAACAAGAUGCCAGAAAAUCAGACCGCUGGUUGGAUAAGUCUUCUUCCUUGUAAGAGAAAGAAACUCUUUCUUUCUUUGGCAGCAAUCUUGGCCAUUCUCUGCAAAGGAAUCAGAAGUCAAAGGGAAUGGACGUAUACAAUCACCGUGGAACCUUCUGUCACCGUACAGCGUGGUCUUGCUGUUCAUAUUCCAUGCCAGUUCACGUAUAACCAGGCAGACCUGUGGCGGUCUGAGAAGAUAUUUGCUUAUUGGAUUAAGCAUCAAUCUUCAUUCUGUUUUCCAUCGGUUGAUAGAGCCUGCAGGCCUGUCGCUACCAACAAGCAAUAUGAGAGUGUCGAACUUUCGGCUAAGAACCGCUUCCAUUUAUUAGGAAAUCCAAAUGAAGGAAAUUGCUCACUUUUCAUCACAGAUGCUCGCAUGGAAGAUGAAGGGGAAUACUUCUUGAGAAUUGAGGGGCAAUAUAACUUAAAAUAUUCUUUCAUUGAGAAAACACUUAAUGUUAAAGUGAUAGAACCAAUCCAGAAAGUUACUAUCAGAGUGAACAACAGAGGCUCUGGCUCCCCAUCUUCACCACUCAACCCUGUGAUAACCAAGGAAGGAAACACUGUCACUCUGAUUUGUACUGCUGAUGGUACACCACCUCCCACUCUAUCCUGGAUGAAGGAGAACCAGCAAAUUGAUAGUCCCACACAGCAGAGGCUUCAGCUGCGUGAAAUUGGACCAAAGGAUGCUGGGAAAUAUCAGUGCUUGGCAAACAAUCUGUAUGGAUCUCUCAAGACAACGGUUGAAGUGAUCGUCCAGUGUUGCUUCAAGGAGCUGCCCAGUGGCUCUGAGUUGACAGCCCAAGAAGGUGACUCAUUGGAGCUGUUCUGCCAAGCAGAUAGCAACCCUCCAGCCACAACUAGUUGGGAGAAAAGAGACGGCCACUUGCAGAAGCCUCUAGAUAACCAAUUGCGACUGACCAACCUGACUGUUGAAGAUGAGGGUGUCUAUGUGUGCACUGCUACAAACAUGCUCGGCACAGUUCAGGGGUUCUUCCGGCUCUCUGUGACAUAUGCCCCAAGGCUCAGCAGAAGCCCCCAGAAAAAUACAACAUGUUCUUACCAUGACAAUGAUUUCCUAUGUACUUGUACCUGGGAUGCUAAGCCACUCCCCCAGAUCGAGUGGGAGGUGGAUGGGGAGAGGAUAACCGAGGAGAGCAAGAGAAGAGGAAACUGGACAGUCCAACCUUCAGUCCAGAAGAAUGAGGCCACCAGUACCUUAAACUGGACUGGCAGCUUAGAUAGAGAUCAUAAUAUUAUCUGCAUGGGGAGCAAUUCUUAUGGAAUCCAAAGAAUGCAAUUCCUGUUGAAGGCCAAGAGAGACCCAACUUCAGAAUCUUCCAUAGGAAGAUCUAAUAAGACUUUGUUCAUUGCUGGGAUAUGUGGAAUUUUUCUGGGAGCUGGAAUCUUCAUGUUGUGCCUAUUCCUGAUCAGGGUUUUUAAGCAGAGGAAAGCAUUGCUCGAAGCUAGCCAUGUCGAAGGAACCUCUUCUGGACGAGAACCACAGGAGAAACCCAAGAAUUCCAGCCAUAUCUACAGCAACGUUUUCCCGAUGGUGACAACUAAGAAUAAACCGCCGGAACACAGAAGCUCUCCGAAGUCCUGGAGAACAGCAGCUCUUCUGCACCAAGGGGUUUGGCUCCUUGGGCUUCUAAGGGUCCUACCGCUGACUGCAACCUUCCCAAGAGGCUGGAGUUUCAGGGAUGAGAACAUGGCUUGUCCCCUUGAGGCCUUCUUCCUUGGGCUAAUCUCAACACAGUUGCUUUGGAAAGGUGUGAUGCCUGCAGAAGGGUAUAGCGUUAAUAUUUCUGUAUCCCGUGUGUUGGUAGAGGAAGGGCUCUGUGCCACGGUUCCCUGCACUUUCACUUAUAACGAAGGUGAUGCCGACCUGAAGGAAACAUUGAGGGGAUGUUGGAAGAAAGAAACAAAAAAAACAGAUUGUCCAAAAGAUGACAGUCAUACCUUCCAAAUCAUUGGGAAUCUAACAGCAGGAAACUGUUCUCUCCUCAUCUGGAACCCCCAAAAAGAUGACACGGGGUCAUACUAUUUCAGAAUGCAAAAAAACCCUAGGGCACAUUAUAGCUUUCACAAAGGUACCAUAUCCCUGGAGGUGACAGAAACUCAGUCUCCAAAAAUAACAAUGGAUACCAUGAAAGCAGGAAUGCCUACAAAUAUCACCUGUGCAACCUUAGGAGGCUGUAGUCGGAUGCCUCCAAAUAUCACCUGGGUUGGCUUUCCCAAGCCCAUCAAACCUCAUGUGCACUUGAAUGAGACCCAGGUUUACACCUCAGUGGUGGAUUUCUCACCUUCUCCUGAAGACCACAAGCGGAAGAUCACCUGCACGGUCAAUUACAUAAAUGAGACUAAACCUGUUCCCAGGCAGGAUACUGUCCAACUAAAAGUCAUGUUCAAACCGCAGAUGAAAUGGUGCAAGGGUUUUCAUUUUCGCUCCAAUAUAAGUCAGCAGAACUUCACGAACUUUUCUCAGCUCAACGUACAAAAAGGGGAUUCCAUCGAGGUACGCUGCAAGGUAAUAGGCUAUCCUUCGCCCAACAUGACUUGGGUUAAGGGAAGCAAAGACUUCCAGCAACAACCCCCGAAUGUCCUGAAGCUUGAUGAUCUUAAGGUGGAGGAUUCUGGGACGUACACAUUUCAGGCAACCAAUAAACUAGGCGUUCAUAAAACAUCGUUUGAACUCUCCGUAAAAGAGCAAAAUACAACCCUGAUUUUCAUUGUGACUGGUGUCCUCAUCGUGCUCGGUCUCGUUGUGCUAAUCCCUGGAAUCAUCCUUGCUUCUAAAAGAUACCAGAGGAAGAGAAAAACGAUUACAGACUCAAAAGCAGUAAAUACCUUAACGAAUGUCAAGAAACCCAGCACUUUGGACCUCGCUGCUCAGGAAGUGAACGGCGUUGCCUCCAAAUCAAGAAGCCCCCACGAAUCUGUGGAUGGAGACCCUGAAGAAAUCCAUUACGCGACUCUUAGAUUCAAUGUGCCAAAUCCUAAUCCAGAUACAGCUGCAGAAGACAUCCAAACGGAUUAUGCUGAAAUCUGUCCUUCCAAUUCUCAGGGAAAAGAAGCGUGAAGGUUUUUAAGGGAAUUCCUCUCUUCUGAUUAGCAGUCCUCAGAAGUUUGCCAGUUCCUGUUUACA